AUGACCGCUGGAUGGAUGCAUCAUUUGACAAUACGGGCACGUUCUGUUGCCCGCUCGAUGUCGCAGGACAAUGUCAGAAUUGCCGAAAUAUCAUUGAACAUUGUGCAGUCAAUCAAUUAUUUUAGUGAAUAUACCAAUUUGGUGGACUCACUGCAUAUUGCACCCAGAGUGAUCAUACAAAAGCGAUGUUUCCAUAAAAACUCAACCUAUGGAUUAACAUUAACGAUACGCAAUAAUGGAUUGUAUCCUCGUUUGCUUGAGUUCAGCACGGACAGUCCUAAUGAUACUGUGGUAUCGUAUUCUCAACCUGAAAUCAAUCGUUAUGUCGAAACAGAUAAAAUAGUGAAUGUUAAAAUCACCAUACGCAGCACAACAUUGAAGAAUAUUAAUCGACGUCGUCAUAUAUAUGUUCACAGUUUUCAUCCCAACAUAACAUUCGAAGUGCCAAUAAUUGUUUUACACGAACUAAGAGAACCGUCUUUUUGUGAGCACAUUACCAUUCCAGCUGUGAUCAAGGACAAGAGUUAUUACGAAAUGAUCAUUUAUAAUCCCACUAAAGAACCCUUGAAUAUCAAAUAUAGAAACAGCUACAAAGGACUCAAUCUGAAUUAUUUAAACAAAAAUACGGUACUCGCAGGAGACUAUGUAAAGUUGCUCCUAACAUUUGAAGCCCAGAAACUGCAGGAGUACAAGGGAUUUUUUAACAUCAAGUUUGCAGUGUCUCCUCCAAAACUGGUGAUAUUUGAUUUUUUACCCAAGUCAAUGUCUGCUUACCUGAGCCGAGGUCACCUUUCGUUUGGUCGUUCGAAAUUUGGGGAGCAGAUAGUACGCUCGUUUAUUGUAUGCAACGAGAGUCCGCAUGUGAUUAAUAUGAAAAGUGAGUUUUUUAACGAUCAAGUCUCGGAUUCGGAUGCUCAAUCGGAUGUCGUUUCAAAGAGCUCCAAAUAUUCAAAUAAAAUGUUUGACGAUGCGAUUAGCAUGCACAGUGUUUUGAUGUAUGACUUUGAUGAGGAGAACCGAAGUUUAUCUCUACUUUAUAAUGAGGAAGCUUCCAUGCACUUUGUCUUCGAAGGACCAGAAAACCUCGAACCUAAUUCGUCCUACGAGGUUACCCUGAGUUUUCGACCAUUAUACAAUGACACUGUAAUAUUUCCGGAAAAUAUGGAUCCACCUUACUUUCAGCGCACCAAGAUAUUUAUAUGCUUCACCGAUUCCGAUGAAUGCAUCGAGUCUCACUAUGUUGUGGCUGAAGGCGAAAUCGCUGGCAUUGAAGUUGAGGUGUUUCCGAAGGUUAUUGAUUUUCGAAAGAUCUAUUUGGGCGAGGAGCAUUGUGCUUUCAUCAAGAUCUUGAAUACAGAUGAUGUGAUCGCCAAAGUCAAGUAUAAGGAUUGUUUAGAAUCGGAGUCUUGUGGUCUGCGAGUUACGCCCUCGGAGGGAUUUGUUUUGGAGCCCUGCGAACGUGGUAUAUUUCACUUAUCAUUCUUUAUCAUUGUACCCUCCCGUUUUUCGAUAACACUGCGCUUCAAGGUUGACAAUGGCUUGUUUUAUAAAGUGCAGAUAAAAGGCACUGGACAACAUGUUCAACUGCGCACGUUUCCACAACUUGUGGAAUUUGGGACUAUUCCAUUUGCUGUGCCACAAAAACGCUUUAUGCUGCUCAUGAAUCCAUUGGCGGUUCCCAUUACCCUUCAAGUCCAUGCGACCGAGGAUGGUGAGGAGCAGCCUUUGGUAUUCAAUAUACGAGAUCCAAACAAAAUACUGCCUAUAACGGUACGUGAUCCAAUCAAGGAAUUGCAGAAAGCCCAUGAGGAUCUUCUGGAUGACAUGGAUAUGAUUCAGAGAAUUGAAAUAACCUCAAUCGGAGAUGAUCUAAAAUCAGAAAAGUCAUAUACAGUCAACGAGUCGGUAUAUAGCUCAGAAUUCGAAGAGGAUGUGAUGGAACCAGUUCCCGCGAUGGCAAGUAAUCUACUUAAGAAUCUUAAAAAGCAAAAAGUCUUUGACAAAUCGGAAACAGAUAAACGUGUACUUCAGGAGGCUUUACAAGGACUCUUGGAAACCAACUAUUUUAGUAUAUUUCAGAAGCACAAUAAUUUUAUAUUUAUGGACUGGAAUAGUAUUCCAAGUGAUCCCAAUGAAGUCUAUUGCGAUAAUGAAAUUAUAUAUCUGCGCCCCAACACUGGUCGUAGUAUUACAAUUUUGAUCAUACCAAAUCGAGUCGGAUAUUUUAAUCGAUCGUUGACCGUGCGCAUUUGUCCGGCGAUGAUUACAGCAAAUUCAGAAUCCAGUGAGGAAGAGCAGCAUAAAACGUUGAUCAAAUCGGAAUAUCUAUGCUCAAAACUGUGGUUCGAAUACAACUGUUCUACACCUGAUAUCGACUGGUAUAACAUCGUCAAUCUGACCGAACGUACUAUUUAUGCCGGAGAGGAAUACAGUUUUAAUAUGCUUUUUACAAACAUAUCCCCCGUCGGAGGCUUUUUACACUUUGAUGUCAUUCCAAAUGAAAUGGGCUUUCGUGAUGGCACCUGGAAAUAUUACAUUGGAUCCAAGUCGCAAGUUAUGGCCAAGUGUCAUGUCACUUUCCGCGUUCUGGGUAAAAACAAGCUGUCCGGCUUAUUAAAAAUUGUCGGUGAUCCACAUCCUUAUCCGUUCCAUCUGUUCGGAAAUGUUCUGCCCACGGAAAUACGCAUUACACCCAAAUAUGUGCAUCGACGGAUUCAGGUUUUCGAACAGAACAAAGUGCACUUUUACAUCGACAAUCAUUCGCCAACAAACACGAAGCUAACUAUGCAGCUGAAAGACAUAAGGUUCCAGCAUCUGACUACGCGAGGAGGAAUGUUAGCUCCAACAGGACAAAGCAUGUACACAACUUUAGUUUCGAUGUUUCCCGAUCCAGAUCUGUAUCAGAAUACACUCUACGUGGAUCUUCAGUUCGAUCAUGUGAUGGAAAUAGAAAUCACAUUUUUGGUUGAAGGUGUGCCAUUUUACUUUGAGCCCGACCUAAGAAAAGGCUUUGAUGCGGGUCUACUCUUCACCGACCUGAAGGAAGACUUUCAAGCGAAUAUCUACAAAUACAAAUUUCAGGUGAAAGUUAUGAACCGAGGACACCAAAAUUACCGUGUGGCCAUUUCACGGCUAAAAACUUAUAAUCCAGCAUUAAAGCCGAGUGCGUGUGCUAAUCAACCGCUGACUGCGCGUUUCGAUAUGAGCCCAAAACUUUUAGAGCUAUCACCGAAUUCGGAAGAUUUUAUUGAGAUCCUUAUAAGUGGCUAUGAAGAAGGAGAAUUCUUCAGCGAUUUCCUGUGGUCUAUUACAGACGUACGGCAUCCACAGCGCAAGAAUGUGAUAAAAGUCACUGCAAAAGCAACUUUUAUUGAGUGUGAUAUGGGUUGGGAUCGAAAACAACUCAGUUUCAACUAUCAGCCCAGUCAUCCCCUAAAAGAGCGAUCGCAUAUUGAAACCGCUGAAAUAAUUAAUCUGAAUAUUCUACCCGUUGAGAAUGUGACACUUGAAGCACAAGGACCUUUUCGCAUCAAGGAAAUGUUUGAGGAUACUUUUGAAAAACAGAUCAACGUCUCUUUGAGUCCAUUGGAGAGGAAGGAGAUAUUUGUGAUUCUAAAUAAGGCGACACUAAAGCACUUGUAUUGCAGGCAGGUUGAAGGUCGUAUUAGUGUGUUCGCCAUUGGCAAAAUGCAGAAACCUCUACUGCUGCGUCUGUCAGUUUUGGUGCCCGAACUUCAAAUCCUUCAACCGGAACUAAUUCUAUUUGAUCGUGGAGAGCCCUUUAAUGAUUGCGUCGAAAUCGUAAAUCACGGCUGCUCUAAGGCAAAUUUCAAAUGGAAGCGUAUCGAAGUAUCUGAGAAUUUUAUUGGUGACGAUGAUCCAGAGGAUUUAGUGGCCGAAGUAUUGUCCCAGAUAUUACGUACUCUCGAGUAUAAUUGCGAUGAGCCCAAUAUGACAUUGCGAUACCAGCAAAUUCGUUGUCAAAACCAAAAAGUAAUGGAAAAUGGCAGUUUGAUACUCGACAUUAUCGAUGAAAUCAUCAGUGAUAUUGAUCUGGAGAAUCGACGCUUUAUCAUAGACAUAAACAAAAUGGAUUCUUCAUAUGACGACAGUGAUUUGUACAGUUCCUCGAGUUUUGUUCGUCAGACUAUCGAUGAAAUUCUCGAUCAGCUCAAGAUCGAAUCCAGUCAGCAGUUGUCAUCCCCAUCUUCGGAAUACUGUUUCUCAGAUCGUUUUAUAUAUUUCUAUGAAAAGUCCGGUUUUUUGAAUAAGCUACAGCGUCAGGGUUGCCUUCUCCAUUUACCUCACAUACGGCGUGGUCAUGAGAUGAAAUCGCUUUUCCAGUUGGACGUGGUUGGCGGACGUAGCCAAUAUUUAUCCGUGACUCUUGUCAAUUUAUCACAGAAAAUAAAAUUCCAGAAAGACAAUAUCUAUCUCAAUAUUAAGCCCUGGUACGAGAGUUUCUGCGCCACAUUUCGCAUAUCGAAUGUAACCAAAUAUCCACUCCACUUACUUCUGAUGACAAUGAGGAAUGAGAACAAGGAUAAGCUACUUACCGAAGGUUAUGCCAAGAUCAUGCAGGAGGAUGAGAUGGAUUUGGAGCCCUUAGGUUCUGAUAAAAUCAAAAUCUGCGGCAUUCUUGGAUUCAACGAGAGUUUUGUUCGAACUUUUGGAUUGCUGAUAAAUAAUAGUGCCAACAGUUAUUUUCGAUUGCGAGGACAGGGUGUAUUGCCUAUAUUGAACAUAACAACGCUGUUGCCAAAAGUCGAGCAAAGCAUGUCUGAAAUUAUCGAGGAAUACUCAUAUAUGCGCAUUAUUUAUAACUAUGAGAUAUUUAAGAGCAUCACAGAGAUCGAUUCGGAUUUGAGAGGUCCCUUCGACGAGGAGCUUGAACAGGAGAACACUAUUACCAUGGAUUUCUCCGAGCUGUCGGACACUGAGGAAUCCAUGUCCUCGGCUCGACAGCGUUAUCACGAUUUUCAGCUAUUUAAGAUGGUACAGACCUACGUGCUUGUCAAUAAUAAUCAGGAACUGCCAAAUGCCAUUGUGCUCAAUCAGAUGCUCGUCACAGAGCGUUAUCUGCACCGAUUGCGAUUAAAUCCACAACUCUACGACACGCAUCAGAAGGUGUAUCAGAAAUAUGUGAAUCUUCACAAAUCGCAGGGCUAUAAACCAUCAAAUGUGAAGCAUUUCACGGUGCAACCGUUGCCCUGUGAACAACUCGCCUAUGUCCUUGACUUGGGUACCCUCACUUUAGACACGAUCAGAAGAUUUGAACUGCGAUUGCAAUUCUUUGGACCCGGCAAACUGAUUGCAUGCGCACGGACAGCGGUCAAAGUUCCCGGUCUCUAUGUUGACCUACAGGUUGAUAAUCAUCCCGACAAGCAGUUUACGUACUGGGCUGAAAAGUGCAACGCUCCCGAGUUCUUUGACAAGGGAUACCGGAAUAUGUGGGAACGGUUGCUCGAUGCAGAUAAGAAUCCGAGGGUGAAACACGCACACUCCUUCGAUUUCGAUAAACUGGAUAAGCAUCAACGUGCCGUAACAGACAGAGAUCGUCGCCUGAUCGAGGAAUAUUACAACAGUCUAAGUCCAUCGGUUUAUCCAGAUCACAAGCAUCAUUUUACGCUGGCCAAAAUCUUAACCGCACAUCAUUCCAAUUUUUCGGGCGUUGAAAUGAAACUAGUUGGAUUAUUCAAGCCAGAGUCAAAGUAUUAUGUACGGGAUCAGCGAGUAGUCGACUACAUUUACAUCGAUCUCCACAUGGGACCAACUCUGCCAAUUCUAGUUCGAGGCGUGAUCUCAGCAUGAACAAAAAAUAUUCUGUUGCCUUUUGCGGUAAUUGAUGUUUAUUGACGUGAUGUGCUGCAGUUAUUUAUGUGUUAAAUUUAUGUAUGUGCAAAAAUAAAAUACGAAAUGCACUCCGUCAGCAAUA